GUGUUAUGCGUGUGUCACAAGUGGUUGUACCUGGUCUAGUUCACAAACCUGUUCCUGGCCUAAUGGGAAGUUACAUCAAGCUCAGGCAGAGGAUGUCUGUGAAAAUGUCACACGUCCUCCUUCGAAUUAUUCAGAGCCAGGCGUGCACUCUGUUAUUCCGAGUGUCGUCUCCUUUCACGGCAAAAACAAUGUUGAGAUGUUGGGGAAGAACCUUGAUCAUGUAGCAAAGAUACGUCUUCAGGGGACAGUGGAAUGCUACUCAGAGGAAUUGCAGGUAUUGGCCCAGACGGCACACAGCCUACGGUUUAACCUUCCCGGCUGGAAGGUUGAUAUGAUGACCGUUUGCGCAUUGUUGCCCGAUGGAAGGUGUGUUGGCUCACAGUCAGUCAUGUACAGACCCCUGCCACACUGUACUGCCAUUUCUCCCAGCAACACCUGGGCCAGUGGAGGAAGAAAGGUCACAAUCUUUGGUGAAAAGCUGGAUUUGGUGGAUGGGAUAGAGCUGUGCGGAAAAGCGCACAUCGGGAAUUCUAGCUCCAAGAGGUUCGAGUUCUGCACCCCACCCAACCUGGAGUCAGCACCCAAUGGGACGCUACAAGGAGAGUUAAUCCUCCUGUGCCUGGCAAACGAAACAAGGGAAUGUGUGCAGCUAACAUACCUCCCAAAUCCCGAAUUCACCAGCUUCAAAGCCACACCUGUGGGAAGUGACCUGCGGAUCGUCAUUGCGAAAAAGGUGGACAAGCUGAACUUAACUGGGUCGGAGCUGAACAUAACUGCCACGGUGGACGAUCAGCAGCAUCAGUGUGAAGCGGAAUCGAUCAUAUUGGGUAACGACAUGGCAGAGGAUUCUGUGACUUGCAGAAUAAGCAACCAGUCAAAGGGUAGCAUUCAGUCAGUCAGGAUAGUGGUUGGGAAUUUCUCAAAGCAGCUCGAAGAGCAAAAUACUAAUAAAUAUUACUGGAUCCUCCUGGGUGUAUUUGCUUUCAUCGCUCUUAUCAUCACAGGAUUUCUAUUGUGGGAUUACCAUUUCAAAAAGAAGCUGUCUGCAGACAUGGACAAGUAUCUAGAGACUCUGGAAUGUGAAACAAGAAAUGAGAUCUGACAAGGACAGUCUGCAAGGCUACUUCCAGUCAGGACCGUGUCUCCCCAGUAGUCCCACAGAGGCUCUUCAGUGUGUUAUUGUGUGAUAAAUGUCUGCACACUCCCAUUAAGCUACCUUUCAUUUCAGCGACACUCCUGCUGUUGUGUCUGUGUGGAGUUCUGCGUUUACUAUGUUCCCUCUGACUUUUCCUCAGGCUUUGUUGACAUGCAGACUGACAUUUAGUGACAACUUAACCAAAUAUUGCUGAGAGGCUGUGCAAGAAGGCGACAUGCUGUAUGACAUGCAGUUAAAAUGAAAGAAAAUGGAGUUCCACAAGGCUGUUUGUUUCAUCCUUCAUUCCAUCGUCUUAAAAUCUUCCCUGUCCAACUUCAAAAAUUGUUAUAAAGUACGAUUUCCAUAAUAAUUGUAGUAACAGCAACUGCAUCUGCGACCAGCAUUUCAAUAUAUCCUCCUUACUCACCCCCACGAACCACUAUACAGGUGAACAGGUGACUACAUUGUUAUUUCCACCCGUGACAAUUACCAUAUAGCACCAAAAAGAUGUGAAACAUACAAAAGACAAUAAAAUUAAAAUGCACACAUUUUAUAUAUAUGUAUGGCUCCUACAUUCCAGCCCCUAAUUAUUAUAUCAAUAACAAUUACAGCACUUCAACAUGUCAAACAAGUAAAAUUCAUGUUGAUCCAUCUUCCACAUCUUCUUCAAACAGAAACAAAAGAAUCCUCUAGGCCAGAGGUUACUAGCACUUAGCCCAGUACAGGGUGAACUUUACCAUCACCCUGUUGUAAAGUCUGUCUCAGUCCUCAAACUUAUGACAGUCUAAGGCUCUUUCUCCUGAAAAAGGCAGAAUGUGGUAACAGGCCUGUCUAGACAGCUGGUCUUGUGCACCCGGUACACAAGGUGUAUAUGAUCUGGAAAGGUUUAAAUAACCUGUUGCAAGGAAAUGUAUAAUCAACUCUGAGCACUGUAUCACCUGGAACAAAGUUUUGCUUCACAUUUCACCAUUUCUAAUGUUCCUGGUAUUCCUUGACCCAACAUUUCCAGAAAUGUUCAGCCUGAGUGUAAAUGUCCUCCUUCUGGAAAACUCCAGGUGGUAAGAAUGGUCAAGUCCUUAGAAGAAGUAAACAUGAAAAACGAUAAACAACAGAGAGAACCCCUGUGAAACCCUGAGAGGGAGGAAGUCCAGUAAAAUCUAAUGCCGUAUGAGACUGGGGCGAUUUGGAAGAGAUAGGGGUUGCAGGAGACCCGCUGGGGAUUGGGAAGGGGCCUUAAUCCGAGCACCGUUGUAGUUCCUUCCGCGUCUGCGGUUCGGGCCAUUCAGCAACGACCUGCACCUUCUCAGGAUCCAACUGGAUUGACCCUUCUGUUAUUAUGAAACCUAGGAAGGAGAUGUUUAGCUUGUGGAACUCACAUUUCUCAGCUUUGACAUAUAAGUUGUCAGACAAAAGAUGCUGAAGGAUCUUUUGAACGUGCUGGAUGUGUUACCGCUCAUCUUGAACAAAAAUCAAAAUGUCAUCUAAAUAAACAAAGACAAAUUUAUCCAA